AACACUAUGAGGUCAAAAUAUUGAUUGUUUCACUUGCCUUGGAAAAUUUUUGAAUAUGUGGGACUAGAAAAACAGGUAUUUAAAAAAUUUCUAAACGGCAACAAGUGAAAUAUAAUAAAUGUGAAGCUCAUCAUAAGGGAAAUGGAACUCUGUAGUCUGAUUAAAGGUUAAUAAGCAAACACUGCGCAGUACAAAAAUUGAGACAACAAAAACCAUGGAAUCGCCACUGUAUCCAAAGGCCAACAACAAUAUGAGCUCCUCUGACAAGAUGAGCUCCAGCUUGAACAGCAGCACUUUGGAGGACACCACUCCCAGCGAUUCAGGCAUUCAGCUCCUUGACUCGGAGAACAGUGAUGUCAUGGUUGAAUCUAUCUGCUCCUACGAGGAGCAGCAGAGAACACCCCAUGCCAUUCCGCCGGCUGAUCCCAAUUCUAAUGUGGAGGCCAUGACCACCAGCGAGUGCUCUACGUUCGACACCACCGAGAAGAUCGUGUACCGCCGGAAGGUCCACAAACCCUCGUCCGCCUCCAAGACGCCCAAGAAACGGGUGUCCUUCCACGAAGACAUACUGAAGAACACUCGCACCGACAACAUUCACAUAGAGCACGGCUUCAUCACCUACAAGAAUGGUCGGAAGCUGGCGUUUGCCAACUCUGCCGGCGUGGCUGGGGCUCCGGGCCGCUACUCCUGGUGCCCGGACCGCGAACGUGCCGAAGGACCCAGUGAAAUCAGUGCCGCCGGACGGGAGGACGACGGCGAGGAAGCAGUCGGCGGCGGAGGAACCCGGCGAAAAAGGCACCUAGUCUAUCGGAAUGCCUGCUCGGAUGUACUGGACUAUGCCAACUCGGACAUUUUUGAUACGGACGAGCCCAGUGGACUGCAGUACGAUGCAUCGGGUGUCUUCGAAUAUGGACCAAAGGCGGAAAAGAAGGAGGAGCCACGGUUGUACAAAUGCGUCUGCAGCAGCUCCAACUCCAGCCUGGACUCUGACGAACAGGACAAGAACUCCAAUGCCAACCGUAAGCAGUACGAGCAGGCUAAGAGCAGCUCCUGUGACUGCAUCGGGAUGAGCAAUGCCAAUAAUAAUCUUAUCGGUGAAAACUGCUACUAUUCGGAGCCCAACAUCGGAGAUGCCGACAGCCCAAAGGUCAAGUCGGUUUGGAACAAGGAGAAGAAGCCCAAGUCGAGCUGCCUGAAGAAAACCAAACGCUACACCAACAUCACCCUCGAACAGGACCUCAAUGGCCGGGUUAAGAAAUUCAACGUGCAUGACAUCAAGCACCAGUUGUUGGACAACAGCAGCAAGAUGAUUUUUGGCUCUUUGAAGAGUAUAUUCACCAUGCCGCUGCCUGAGCGGGGUGUACCCGAAGGCUCGGAGGACCUUCAGGCGGUGGUAGAGUGCGUCCCAGAGCUGGAGCAGCAAACGCCGGAGCAUCUGCCGCGGCCAGGAGCCGAGUCACCGCCGCUCAAAGCCAAGCCAUUCCUCAGCAAGAGUCUGGACGGGAGCAAGCAGACACCGCCGGUCAAAAAAUUUGUGCACAACGUCGACGAGCAGCUGCGCCGCAAAAAUGACGACGACAGUGCCAGCUCCUCGGAGACAUCACCCGUGGAAUCGAAGCAGUCACACAUACUACACCGCCAAGAUGAGUUCGAUAAGGAAACAGUUCCCAUAGGCAGCGCACAAGGCGGCGAGUUCCGCAGCAAGUUCAUCAUUAAUUGCGAAAGCACCGUCUUCGAGCACACGGGUGUAUCCUACGAGGCGGGCGAGCCCCAACCCGAGCUCUCUGCCUCGAUCCAGCACACCAGUGUGGCCGGUUUGCUGGAGCAGAACACUCCGAUAGCGGAACCAGCAGCUAGUCAUAUUAAAAAAUCAUUCAUGGACGCUCCCAUUGCCAAGACGUUUAGUAAUUUCUUUCGCAGCUUCAAGGAGAGCACCAGUACAGUGGCCACGCCACUUGAAAAGGACGUACCGGCAGUUACUGACAGCACUUUAGUUUCCAAAAUGUCAAAGCCGCAGCAGCCGGCUGCUUCUGUCGGCAAGCUCUGCAGGAAUUACUCAUCAUCGACCAUAUCCGAACCCAGUUCCCUCACCAACACCAGCAGCAACCAGCAGCACGCGAAGAGUGUCGACCGUCAUACGAAUGCCAGGCACCUGCCGUCCCCGCUCAAGAAACCAGGACAACCCCUCCAGCCGCCUCGUUACUACGACCAGCAGCACUCCCUUCAAAGUCGUAGCCUGCACAGCCCCAGCGCCUAUCUGACGCCGGGAAGAGGUGGUCCUGGUGGCAGUGGGCGCGACUCAAAAAGCACAAUCCUCAGUGAGGAGUUCGAUGAUAUACUGACCAUAACUACUACGGACACGGCAAACGACAAGCGCUCAAUGGACAGUGAUCUGGUCAUCGUGGAUUACACGGAUGUGGACUAUGCACACCUGCUGAAGCCUCCGGCACCGGCAGCCAAGACAUCGCUGAUCAAUCGAUUCCUACGCAACGUAACCCAGAAGAAAAUCAUGGAGACUUCCAUUCGCAAGAACAACUUCUUUGCCGACAAACUAAGAACCGAGCAACGGCAUAUGGGUUCGGAUUUGUACGUGAAGGGAGCCCGGCCAAGGAACUAUGAACUGAUUGAUGACCUCAACGCGGAGAUCGCCAUGGAGAUCGAGAUGUGCGGUACGAACUCCCCGCGCCGGGAACUGGCCAUCAGUCUGGACACUGAUCUACCUGGAUGCUCGUCCCAUUUCGAACUCGGUAUAGGAGAGGUCUCAAUCGACUUGUUUAGAGAGAAGCGAUUGCUUAACUUGCACCACUCGGAUGAGCAGCUCAUGAAGGUCUUCAAAUUGUAUACGGGCUACAGCGUCGAUGGUAUUAUGACUCCUGUACUGGUUCUUCUGACAGAUAAAACCCUAUAUGUUGCAAAUCUGGAUCGUGAUCGACUCUCGGCAAAGUUUGUCUUGGCUUACAAAGACCUAGAUGUCAUACUGAUGGGACCCUUUGGAAAUACGGUUUUGUUAAGCAACAGCAUGCGGGACAUGCAGCAGGUUCUGCUUGCCGGCGGACCUUAUCCAGCCGGAUCUCUGGUGGCUAAUUUGGAACUAUGCGCCAGACGCAGUGGCUCCACCUUGCCGGCGGUAGGCCAACUGACCUUGGAGCACUUGGCUCCGCUGCAGGCUUUUGUGCGGGCCAACAGUUGCGUUGGCCGGGAUGAGAACUGGAUGUUUUACGCAGUCGUUAAUGUGCCAGCGGCUGGUGCUUUGAUGGUGGAAUCGCCAAGCGAACCACUAGGACCUUCCAUUAAAGGAUUCCUUAUGCACCGUCGUCUCAGGACAAACGCCAAGGCACCAGCGAGAAUAUACUGGCAACCGGGCUACUUUCUUCUGAAAGCUGGCGUGUUGUACAUGUUCAACGAUUCCACGCAAAGACUUCCCAGCUGGGCGGUGGCUCUAGCCGAGUGCCAGGGCGCAAGGAGAACUAUGAAAUCGGAGCGACCACACUGCUUCGAGAUGAUGCUCAAAGGCGAACUGCUGCAAAUGGCAGCGCCCGACGAGUACGUGGCCUCCGAAUGGCUCCAAGCUCUUCUGCAGUCCGCCAGUGGGCUUAAUAAUCCGCAGGAGAAGCACAAAACUUUGGGUUGCACUUUAAUUGUUACCCAAAACCAUCUGAUAACUCUACGCGAGGACUUUUCGGCUCCUUUAAGGCAACUCAGCCAGCCGCCUGCAGAGCAGGUUGGCCCGGAAAAGAAGGAAAUUGUAAUGGAGGAGGAUCUACUCAGUGUUUUUGAAACCGGCAGUUUGAUGGACUCCACCAUGAGUACGCCAACGCGUGGCACUCAGCACUCUUAUUCUUCGCUGAGCUCCACACCCACUAAAAACUCGAAUAUUCCUAAUCCCUCUAAGGAGGAGACUUCGUCGCCCGGAAAGGCUCAACAAAUGACCAGCGUUUAUGGCAAAAACUCCGGCCUGGCUAUUCUCACCUGUGCCGACAUCAAGGCCAUGACGGGUAUUAAGAUUACUUCGCGCAACGAGGUGUGGUGGUGCAUACUGGAGUUCUCAUGUCAGGAGGCUCCAGUGGAAAGUCUGGACGAUUUGGUGAUCUUCUUCGCCAGCAGCAUGGAAAUGCAGCGUUUCCUCCGACUGCUAGAACAACUAUGGCAGGCCAAGAAUAAUGAUCUCUUUCCGAUAACUAUAUUGGACGAUGGUGACGUGCUGGCGGAACAGUGCACCGAGCUGUAUGUGGACACCAAGCGGGCAUGGGAGCCACUGCUUUCGGCCGCGUUGGGCCACUCGCGUGGCUAAAUAGAAGCCUACGCUAUACUCCAUUUACAAAUAGAAAAUUAUAUAUUUCCAUAUAACUCAAGCGUUAAAUAUUCUAUCCUGAAUACUCAAAAAAAUAGUUAAUGAACAAAAAGUAUUGAUAUACAUACAUAUAUAUA